GUUAAGAGCCCCCAAGUGCGGGGCGCUCCGGGCAGACUGCGCCCGUGGUUUGGCGGUCGUCAUGGUGACCGCGCGAGUGGCCGCGGCCCUCCGCGCCAUCCUCGCAGGCUGCAGACUGCGCGGCUCGCGGGGGGCCGGGGGCUCCCGGAGGUUGAGCGGCAGCGCGCGGCGGCGGGCGGCGGGUGGCGUCAGCCCCGGGCGCCGGCUCAGCACGGCCUGGGCACCGGCUCAGCGCCCGCGGGAAGACCCUGAGGGCACAGAGGACAGCGCCCAGCCGCCAGCCGCCCAGGAGCCGUCGGGGGUGCCACCUCGCGCUCCUUCCGUGCCGCUCGAAACUGCUGAGCCCCUGGCCGGCCGCUCGCUGGUCCAGCGGGACAUCCAGGCCUUCCUGAGCCAGUGCGGGGCCAGCCCCGGAGAGGCGCGCCACUGGCUCACGCAGUUCCAGGCCCAUCACUACUCCUCCGACAAGCCCUUCGCUGUCAUCGAGGUGGACGAGGAGGUGCUCAAGUGCUCGCAGGCCGUAUCCAGCCUGGCCUUUGCCCUGGCCUUCCUGCAGCGCAUGGACAUGAAGCCGCUGGUGGUGCUGGGGCUGCCAGCCCCCACGGCGCCUUCGGGGUGUCUCUCCUUCUGGGAGGCCAAGGCACAGCUGGCCCAGAGCUGCAAGGCGCUGGCGGACGCGCUGCGGCACAACGCGGCCACCGCCGUGCCUUUCUUCGGCGGCGGGUCGGUGCUGAGCGCCGCCGAGCCCGCUCCCCACGCCAGCUACGGCGGCGUGGUCUCGGUGGAGACGGACCUGCUGCAGUGGUGCCUGGAGUCCGGCAGCAUCCCCCUCCUGUGCCCGAUCGGGGAGACGGCCGCGCGCCGCUCCGUGCUCCUCGACUCGCUGGAGGUGACCGCCUCGCUGGCCAAGGCGCUGCAGCCCACCAAGGUCAUCUUCGUCAACAACACGGGCGGCCUGCGCGACGCUACGCAGAAGGUCCUGAGUAACGUGAACCUGCCCGCCGACCUGGACCUGGUGACCAACAGCGAGUGGGUGAGCCACAAAGCACGGCAGCAGAUGCGGCUCAUCGUGGACGUGCUCAGCCGCCUGCCCCACCACUCCUCGGCCGCCAUCACCGCCGCCAGCACGCUGCUGACCGAGCUCUUCAGCAACAAGGGGUCCGGGACCCUGUUCAAGAAUGCGGAGCGGAUGCUGCGAGUGCGCAGCCUGGACAGCCUGGACCAGGGCCGCCUGGUGAACCUGAUCAACGCCAGCUUCGGCAAGAAGCUCCGGGAGGACUACCUGGCCUCGCUGCGCCCCCGGCUGCACUCCAUCUAUGUGUCUGAGGGGUACAACGCAGCCGCCAUCCUGACCACCGAGCCAGUACUGGGAGGCACCCCGUACCUGGACAAAUUCGUGGUGAGCUCCAGCCGCCAGGGCCAAGGCUCCGGCCAGAUGCUGUGGGAGUGCCUGCGGCGGGACCUGCAGACGCUGUUCUGGCGCUCCCGGGUCACCAACCCCAUCAAUCCCUGGUACUUCACACACAGCGACGGCAGCUUCUCCAACAAGCAGUGGAUCUUCUUCUGGUUCGGCCUGGCCGACAUCCGGGACUCCUAUGAGCUGGUCAACCACGCCAAGGGGCUGCCAGACUCCUUCUGCAAGCCAGCUUCAGACCCAGGCAGCUGACCCUCACACUGACCCCGCAAGGCCCUGGCUGGCACAGCCAGGGUGGACCGAAAGCCACGCCUGCUGCAGGCGACCCAGGCAGCCCCAGGCUGGACGGAGCCGACGGCCGAGAGACCUGCAGAGGAAGCCGCAGCCCACCCUGCCCAGAGCAGGUGCAGUCAGACAAGCACAGGAAGGAGGGGCCGGCCGGAGAGCCACGUGCUCUGAAGCUGCAAGCCGCAGGCUUGGGGUGUGCGCUCGCCUUGGAGGGCUCUGCUCAGGGCUGGCCUGAGGGCGGGCC